UUCAUCAACACCGGGACUUGACUAAUCUGUUAGUUAUUCUUGUGACAACUAAGAGACCCACUCCUGUGAGGCGUUGCUUAUAAGAUUUCUAGGAUUGACAAAAAAUUAUGUUUGACUUCAAGAGUUUUAUAGUUGUGUGUAUGUGUUUGGUACUGUGGAGAGGUGCAGCAACAGAGGAAUUCGAGGACGAGUACGUGGUUAUUGGUGGCAACAACAUGUUGGUAAACAAGCGUUCUGUUUCAGAAUCAGAACAAAAGGAAAUUGUCAAUUUGGAAGAUAAGCAGCUUGAUUUUGCAGAGAAUCCGUCAUCUGCAGUUGAAAUAUCGAGUGUAAUAUCCGAAGAUUUGUAUAGUAUCGCCGUGUGUCUUUGGUUUAGAAUUGAUCAACCACAAUUUGGCCCAAUAUGGACGUACAAACGACCCGAAGACGAGUUCAUUCAAUUCGGUCUCAUAUCUUUGACCUCUGGUCCGCCAAAACCACUCAAUUUCAAUUCCCUUCUGUCAUAUGAUCAACCAAGUUCGAUGGACGCUUAUGACCAGCAAUGGCACCACAUGUGUGUUAACUGGGACUACACUGCAGGCCUAUUACAGAUCUACAUAGACGGUAAUAAAUUGGAAGACAAGACGUUUGGUGGUCAAAAUGGUCCUAUAUCUCCUGGCGGAACAAUUCGUCUGGGUGGAACAGAUUUGACGUUUCAACUAUCUGGUUUCAAUAUUUAUAAAGAGUUUGUAAAUGAACGUACUGUGGCUACCUUGAUGACGUGUUAUGGUAUUGGUGAUGGUGACGUAUUCUCGUGGGUUACCGAUGUCGCAGUGUUCCCUGAUCUAGUUAAACCUGUUGAGCUAUUCUUAGAAAACGAAAUUGGAGCGGUAUGCAGUGAAUGUAUGAAGUAUGAGAUAUUCCCAACUGCUGUCGACUACGACACAGCGCGGGAAAUGUGUGGGAACAGAGGAGUUCAGUUCAACAAAACAUCCACACUGGCCGUGCUUGAUACUAUAUCUGCAUAUCGAACAGUUAGACGCGCAAUACUUGCUGAUGAAGAAUUGGGUAGAGGUGUCAAAACGGGGUAUUGGAUUGGAUUGGCAGUACACAACAACAGCUUUGUUUGGGAGGAUGGUACUUUGCUGGAUGCUGACCUUUGUCGGAAACAAUGGGCGUCAGGUCAACCUAAUAAUAAAACAAAACUAAAGAAUGGUGUGGUAUAUUCGCAAGAUUGUGUACAGUUAUGGUGA